AUGGAAGUAAACUUUAAUUAACUUGACAUCCUUUUAAGAUUGAUUUAAGAGAGAUCUGAGGAUGUUCGAGUGAUGACAACAAUAAAUUAAUAGGUGCAAACUAAUUAAAAGACCAUCGAUAUUGAAUUCAAUUAAGUUUAACAAUCCCUUAGACAAAUGGGAUUUAAAGUAAUAGCUAUGAAAAAACAUGAUAAACCUAGGUAGGAUGAAGAAAACAAAAUUUUAGAGUAUCUUUCAAAAAUCAAUACACUAAAUCUUCCAGAGAGGAUGUAUAUUUAUAAAUUUUGUUAAACUAUAAUAAAAUUGUUCAAACCAGAGAUGCAAAUAGUAAGAUUUAAUUAAAAAGAUACAAAAGACCUUCUUUUAAUGUUUAAAUAAUAUUUCAUGGCCGAGAAUAAUAUUGAAAUUUUAUAAUAAAUCCAAUAACUUAUGAUGGAUUAAGAAUUUAAAGUAUUUUAUAUAAUCCAUAUAGCAGAUGACCUCAGCAUUAGUCCUAAUAAAGAUUUUAGUGAACAAAUCAAGAGAGGAUUUUCAUAAUUUGAUUCAAAGUACAUCUGCUAUUGUUAUAUCAAAAAUAAAGGCAAAGCUAUCUGAACAACAAUAACAACAAAAACAUAUAAUUAAUGAAUAACAAAAAUCAACUGAACUCUAAGAUCCAGGAUCCAAUGAAAGCCCUAAAACCAAGCUUUGGAUUUAGAGAAAAGGCAGUAAAUAAAGAGAAUCAUCAAGCUCUUUGGUUUAUUAAAAGCCUACAAUCAUUCUCAGAUCAGUCUCGAUGGUAGAUAAAUUACUAGUUGCUUAAUCUUAGUAAUAAUCUUAUCAAUAAUAAUUGAUGUAAUAAUAGUAAUAGAUGUAUAUUAAUCCAGAAAGAGAAUUAAAAUUAUAAUUAAGAGCACAAUAAAAGAAAUUAAAAAAGAAGUUGCAUUCUAAUUAUAAAGCAAUUAUAGAUGUGGACUUUGAUAAUUAUUGGGCUAUGCACAUUAUUUUGAAAAAGAAAUUCAUAAAGCAUUCAGACAAAUAUUGUAAUUUAUAAAUAUAUAUAGUUUUACAAAGAGGUGGAUUCUACAUAUGGAGUUAAUUAAAGUUGUUUAAUUAAUCUAUUAGAUAAACUAUAAACAACUAUUAAUUAAAAAGAAAUGAUAGUAUUUAGGCAGAUAAAUUGACAAAUGAGUAAAUUUAGGAGAUACAUCGAAUAUAUAAUACUACUUGCUAAUCACCAAGAAAGCUUCCAUAAUUGCCAAAUGUUUAAUUAAAAUCAUAAAGCCCAUAAAUCAUAAAAUAAAAUAAGUUUGUCUAAAAUUUAUCUUUUUUACCAUAGCUAUAAUUUAGAAAUUAACAACUUAUUUAACAAUAAUAAUAAGCUUAUUCGCAAGUUUCAUAGAAGCCAAUAUCAUUUUAUGAUCCAAAUAAAGAUUUUACUACAUCAGCUUAGAGGUCUAAUAAAUCAUUAAAUCUAUCUUAAGACUAGAUUCGCCACAAAAAAUCUGAGCAUAAUUCCGAAAUAAUUCUCUACAAAUGA